AUGGACGCGGGCGCCGAGUUGCCGAUUUGGUUUCAUAAGGAUGAGAUACUUUCGAAACUGAAGUCUUCACAAGUACUGAUACUUAGUGGCGAAACGGGAAGUGGGAAAUCCACAGUGGUCCCCAAGAUUCUCUAUGAAAAUGGAUAUGGUGACGGUACAAUCGUUAUCACGCAGCCCAGACGCGUGGCUGCCAUAUCCUUGGCGCGGCAUGUUGCAUCUAUGUUCAACAGUGACCUAGGCAAGCUUGUAGGAUUUGCUGUGCGUUUCCUAAAUUGCCAUAGCGACAAAACAAGGAUUAAGUAUGUAACAGAUGGAGUGUUACUGCAGGAGGUUCUCGAUGACCAUAUUUUCUCCAGGUACUCUGUGGUUAUCAUCGACGAGGCCCAUGAAAGGUCUAUUCGUACGGAUGUUCUUUUGGGUAUAUUGCAAUCUUGUGUAACAGAAAGAAGUGAUUUAAAAGUAAUAAUCAUGUCUGCUACAUUGCGUUCUUCAACAUUCUCGGGAUUUUUCAAUGGAUGCGCAGUCGUAAGAGUACCAGGGCGGACUUAUCCACUCGACAUAUACUAUGCCCCCCAUCCACAAGAAGAUUAUUUGGAAGCGGCUAUGGUGAGCGUAAUUCAGAUCAACCUUACGUAUAAGCAUGGUGAUAUUCUUGUCUUCCUUCCCGGCCAAGACGAUAUUGAGGCAUUGGAGCAAAUCUUAUCGUCCAAACAGAAGGUUAUCAGGGAGUUCAUCAAAACAGCAGGAUUGGAGUGUGAUGGUACAUUGGAGGAUUUGAGAGAUAGAACUCAGGUUCUUUUGGGGGACACGCCGUACGAAUUUAACUACUGGAGGAAUCUCGAAGUAGUAUCGCUUUAUGCCGCAUUGCCGUUAGAACAUCAGUCGAGGGUGUUCCAGCCUACAGCUCCGGGACAUCGCAAAGUAGUUCUUGCCACCAAUAUCGCAGAAACUAGCGUCACUAUUCCUGGAAUACGGUUUGUAGUGGACAGUGGAUUGGUGAAGCAGAAGUUCUUUUCUGUUAAAAAUGGUUUCGAGUCUCUGAUCCUGCAAAAAAUAUCGAAAGAUUCGGCAAAUCAAAGGGCAGGGCGUGCAGGACGUAUGGGCCCGGGGAAGGUGUUUCGUUUAUACACCAGCGAUGUUUUCAAUUCCAUGCGCAGUUUUCGCAUACCAGAAAUUCAGUGCACCAAUGUCUCGCAUAUAUACUUGGAGCUAAAGAUGCUCGGCGUCAAAAACCCGCUGUACUUUCCCCUUAUCGAUCCACCAAGCAAGAACGCCCUGCUAACAGCAGCAAUGGAACUAUAUCGUCUGGAUGCACUGGACUCUAAAGGUAAUCUGACAGAUAUUGGGAGGAAAUUGGGGCGCAUACCGCUCUUGCCACGUCAUGCGAAACUGCUUUUGUGUUCCGUGGAAUUCAGCUGUACAUCUGAAAUGCUUACCAUAGUAUCCAUGUUAUCUACAGAUUUGUCCCUGUUCUCAUCGGAUAAACACGAUAAAGAAGCUUCUAAAAUGCGCAGAAAUAUAAUAAACAAAAGUGGAGAUCAUUUAACACUGCUAAACAUGUACAAUAUAUGGAAUGAGGCACCAAACAGAAAAGAGUGCUGCAAACAGUUCGGCUUCAACCCAGGUGCUUUCAAGCGAGCCUCGGAGAUACGUAACCAGCUAGUGGAAGUGCUUACAAGACGUAUCGGUAUUGCUAAUAUUACCAGUUGCAAGGACGUUUCGGAGUGGGACAAUGUGCUGAAGUGUCUUUGUAAAGGCGGCUGGAUGAAUUUGGCUUCCCUUGACAGCUCUGGUAAGUUAUAUAAACUUGAACUUCAGAGCAAAACUGUGAUGGUACAUCCACAUUCCGUUAUUUUCACACGGCGGCCUCUGCCGCCUUUGGUUAUAUUUGACGAGUGUACCAGCACCCGCAAGGUGUAUAUACAAAACGUCUCCGAGGUAUCCCAGGAGUGGGUAGCCCAACUGCUUCCCAAGUUGUCAAUCAAGACACCGAACAUACAAAGCUAG